AUGGCUUCGGCCGAGACAUUGGGUGAUGCCGCUGUUGGCAGCGAGCUUGGCUUCCUGGGCCUGCCCAGGGAGGUCCAGAAGGAUAUUUUUAGCCAUUGUUCGCAAAGCGACCUCAUCUGCCUCUCACUCGUCUCCCAUCACUUUCAUGAGCUUGCCGCCGCCCAACUCUACCGCAAUUUCCACAUCGUCUUUCCUGAUGAGGAUGAUCCGGCAUUCGACUCGCCCAUUGAUGGCCUAGCUGGCGGCUUGGACACUUUUGUCACGAGCGAUUAUGACUACGCCAAACACCUCAGGGACCUGUCCCUCGAUACACUUAGCGCCGGCAGCAAGGCUGAGGCCGCUUACAAGCCCUACCUGUAUAAUGUCAGCUGCGGAAAGUUCAUGAACACUCUCAUGCUCCUGACCCUGCGCAAGGCGACGUCGCUGGAAUCCUUCAGGUGGAAUAUCCGGGUCGAGCUCAGCCGGCCGGUCUACAAGGCUCUCCAUAACAUUGAUACCCUGCGUCACAUCCACAUAAGGAUGCAGGCCGGUGCCUCGUUGUUUGAAAUACCACCUCCGCUUCCAUUCAGCUCGCCGACGAGCAGCGCCUCCUCGUCCUCGACCCAUCUACCAGAGCCGUCGCUGCCACCACCCCCGCCACCACCAUUCACCAUACCUGCUCCUCCUUCGCUAUUCUACGUCGCCCCAACGAGCAUGGGCCACCCACCUCCGCCACCAAAGCCAGUGUCAAGAACAAGGGCCUCCAAGAAGAUAAACCUGUCAAACGAGCCGCCGACACUUUCGGGCUUCAAGAGUCUGAGGAGUCUCUCCGUCCUUGAUAUCGACUCCCUCGACAUCGUCACAGAACUGAAGUCUUGUGUGCGGAACUCAUCGGCGACUCUCACAAAGCUGAAGCUAUCCUUCUCCGACAACCUCGGCCUACAGGCGAGAAAGCCUCCUCCAGACCUUGACCCCGAUGAUUCGGAUCCAGACGACGAAUUCCAGGUUGUACCGGUACAUUCUGGGGGGAGUGGAUAUCAUGACGAUGUUGGUGGACCUGCGAGGGCAUUCCGUGCCCAGGAAGAGAGGAAGAGUCAGGAGGCCGUACUCGGCAGGAUAUUCGAUGUCGAGCCCUACAUCGUCAAGAAACCUCAGAAGGAGUCACGGAACAAGGAGGAAGAAUCCUCCAAGGGCGCAUCCACGCCUGAUCCCGGGCGCGAUUUCAUUACUGCCAUUAAGGCCGUUUCGAACAAGCUGAUGACGGAGCUAAACGGGACGGGAGACUUCACCCUGGCCCAGCAAGACAUUCUCGAUGUAAUCGAGGGGGCCGCCAGGAAGUACGUCGAAUCAGAGGAGGCAAAGGCAAAGGAGGACAAGAAGGAGGACAAGAAGGAGGACAAAAAGGAGGACAAGUCAGAAGACAAGCCUGGUGAAGGGGCUUCAAGCCCAAAGCCAGAGUCCGAGGGAAAGCAGAAGGAGGAACCCGGCGAGCAGGCUGAACCCUCUAGCAGUAACAGCGGCUUUAGCAGCCUCUUUGGGAACAAGGCACCGAAGACGAAAGAUGCGCACAAGGAUGCCCAUCCGGACGACAUCAACAUAGAGGAGCCAGAGGAACAACUUGCCAUCGAGCUGCAGGAGUCGGCUUCCAAAACCCCGCCCAACGAGCCCGGUACACCUGCCGCUGGGCCGUCUUCUUCCGCUGCACCGUCUUCGUCGCAGGCGGGCGUCUUGACAAAUGGCAUCGCUGUGCUGACAGGCGCGGAGAAGGCAAUGAGCAACCUGGCCGUCCAAAAGGUAAAUUUCCACACAUUGACGGAAAAGCUACGAGCUUUGGAGGCGCAGGCCCAUAGGCUGAUCAAGGAGAUACGACAGCUUCACGAUGCCGAAGGCCCAGUAGACCUUGGGUCUCUUGCGAAUGCAGAGGAGCGACUGCGGGAAUGCAGCCGGAAUAUUCCAGAUAUUCAGAAGGAGAUGAGUGUUGUCCUAGCCGAGAUCGACGAUGCCCAAAAGCAGAUAACACCGCCUGCUGUUGCCAACGAUUCCGAGGCACAGACUUGUCGCGUCAAUGAGUAUUUGCGAUCUACGAGAGGCUUGCCACUUCAGACCCUCGGCAUCUAUCUCAUCCCUGUCAAGGCCUCGGUUCUGUCGAGAGCGGUCGACCUCCGCGUUCUCAGGCGCAUCACACUCCUCAACGUUGGGUCGCAAGCACCUCUCUGGGCACACAUGCUCAAGGAGAACAAGGAGUCCCCUCUGCCUCUCCGAAAAAUCUUCACCGACAACGUGUCGAUGGCAUUCCUGACCUUUGCGUCGCAGCUGGAGGAGCUGCACGAGCUCUUCAUCCUCGAGAGGGACCACAAGUACAAGCCCGAAAGCUUCGCGGCAAAGACAACGGCAACAAUCGACCAGAUCCGACGCCUGGUCCUGAAGAAGCACAUCCGGACGCUCAAGCGCCUGAUGAUCAAGAACAUGGCCGAUAUGUCGUGGGAUCUAAACCAGAAAACCAUCCUGCUCGUCUGCAGACGAGGGCAACACCUCCAGGAGCUCUCUUGCAACAUGGGCAUCCGGGCUAUCCACACGUUCAUGCAGAACAUCUCCGGGCUUGCCAAUCUCCGCGCCCUGCACAUCAUCCAUCUCCGCAACGACGACACGUGCGUCUGGGUCAUGCGCGAGACCAAGAAGUUCCUCAUCGACAACCUCGCGCACCACCCGCAGAUGAAGCUGGAGUGGGUCUCCAUCGACGACGACGACCGCGUGGAGCGCAUCAUCCGCCCCUCGGAGGCGCGCAAGCAGGAGAAGAAGUCCAAGAAGGCAAAGGGCAAGCAGAAGGCCACCAACAACAGUCCGUCUCCGGGGGACAACGACACGUUUCCCGUCCUGCCGGCGUUGGACAGCUGGGAUGCCAGCAGUAGUAGCGAUGACGACGACGGCGAGGGCCAGAGCCCCAAGGUGGAGUCGAUAGAGGGCAUUCACUUCUACGAUGUCUGGGGGGUGAGGAUCUUCAAGAAAGAGAUUGUAACCGGGAGAGUGUGA